UGCAAAUUUCAUGUGCUAUGGUUUUGUAAAACGAUUACCGUAAAACUUACGGAAUCACUAUGAAUAAAAAAACUAUACAUAUUACUUUAUCAUCAUGUAGUACAGAAUAUUAACUAAGUAUUAAAUCAACAGCGAUUUAACGAUUUCGUCACAAUCUUGAAUAAUAAAUACGUCAUAUCUACUUUAACCACAGCUGAUUGAGGUAUAAAACUAUGAGUUUCCUUGAAAACUUCUAGUACGGACUUGGUCAGCGUUGACGAUAACAGUUCAAUUAAAUUUGACGUCGAUUUUGACCGUAAUAUUUGUUGUUUGCGUUCUUCGAUAACCUUGGUUAUUUAAAAGGGUCUGUAGAUACAAUUUAAAAGUUAAUAACUAGAUGGCCGCGAUGUUACAGAGUGCUUCUAAAGUGACGAUAAAUACUGGAAAUGUCUUGAAUUUGAUUGACAUUAAGAAAAAAGCUGGGCAAAAUGUGACUGAGGAGCUUUCAGAAAGUAUCAAAUUAACUCUAUCCGAAUGGAGUACGGAAAACGGGAAGCCGUUACAGAAUGGAUCGGCGUUGUCCCACGAAGUUCCAGAAAGGUCUUCUCACUCAACGAACCUAGUCGAUUCCACGGCUGAGACCGAUGUAUAUAUAACAAGGCCUCAUGAUGAUAUCAAAACCAAAAUGAGCGAGGAGGAGAGAAAGAAUCUGAAGAUUGGCGUCAAGAUCUUCAUCAAUGAAGACAGCACGGUUGCAUUAAAGGAGUCGCUUGAAAAUGUAUUCACAGCUUUACAAACGGAGUACAUAGACAACGUGAUCCUCUCAUACAAUCCGGAUUUCUUGAACACAGUGGAGGCCGGAAAUGAAGCAGAUCUGAGGAAUAAUUAUUCAGCCAAAACAUCGCCUAUAUCGCUUGGUAGUAACGUCGCCAAAAUACCCAGUACGGAAAUAGAGGCGGACAGUGAAGCGGAUGCUAGAAAAUGUGAAGCUAUAUUACCUGGAAUCAAAGUUCUGUGGGCUGUUUUAGAAGACUAUGUGAAAGAAGGGCGCGUGAAGCAGCUCGGCGUGGCGGACGUGGGUGGCGGCUGCCUGAGGGUGCUGCACGCGUGGUCCCGCGUCCGCCCCGCCAUCGCGCAGAUCAACCUGGCCUCGUGCUGCGUGGUCCCGCCGGCCCUGCACGCGUUCUGCCGCGCCAACGACGUCCAGCUGCUCACACACGCCGACCCGCCCAAUAUAUUAUCGGAAGCCGCAUCGAAAACUCAAACCGCCGGUGGCACGGCGUGCGCGACGCUGGACUGGUGCGCGCGGUACCAGGUUCACAUAAAAUGUCGCGGCGUACUCGCAUUGAAAGGAUACGUUUGUAAGGCGACCAUAGAUAAUUUACAUGGCCAUAAAUAAUGUAAACGAAAAAAUGUUGAGUGAGAAAAUAUCCUUUUAUUUUUCGAACACAGUAUGUGCGAAGUUCAGGUCACAUUAAACAGUUGAUAAUUUAUUGAUUGACAAAAGUUUGUCUGCAUGAGAAAAUGAAUCUAUAAAAAAAAAUAUACAAAAUAAUAACACUUCACAAAACGUUCGCACAUUGACAAAUCUGUUUUACAGUUUGUAUUAUAUAAUGUCAAUAAUAUUUGAAAAAAAAAAAAACACAAUGGAUAAAAAGCCGUAUGUAUGGUAUUAUAAAAAAAAAAAAAACUUUCAUCAAUGAAUUGAAAAGUUAUAACGUGUAAACCAGUGAACAAAUUCAGUGUAUUUUCGUUUUUUGAUGUAAUAUUUAAAUACUUAGUAUGUCCAUUAGCAGUAUUGAAUUUAAUAGUGUCACCAUAAUUUGGUUGAUGAAUGUAGAAAAAAAAAA